UAUUAAAUACCCACCACUCCACAUUUCUAAUGCACUCACUCACUAACUCACUCUUCACCUUCUUCUCUUCUCUUCUACAAAUCAUAGUAGAAUUCUCUCAUAACAUGUACUCACACCGCAACGCCUCCCUCUCACCCUCCGCCGAAUCCCUCGCCCAUUUUCUCUCUCCGCAGGACGCAUCCACGGCGGCGCCAAUGCAGUACGCCGCCGCUCCUCAGCCGCACCACCACCAAGUGGCCCUGGGCGAGUUUGAUUCAGAGGCGAGUUCGAAUAACACGUACAACAGCUGCAGCAGCGGGUGCACCAGCUACAUGGGGUCGCCGAGUUCGCUGGCGAGUUACGAGACUCGGCGGGUGCAGAGGAGCGUGAGCAGCCACUCGCUGCAGAAGAACAGUGGUGGGCCCCACCACCCCUUUUCUCCUCUCUUCGCUCAGUUGCUUGAUUCCCAAAACGGUCCCGUACGGAGAGCUUGCAGUACCGGUGACCUUCAGAGAUUUCAUGGAAUGCAAUAUUAUCAUCAUUCAGAUAGUCCAUUGUCGAGUGAAAGUAGCUUGAUCAUAGAAGAAAUGAGCAGAACCAGUCCUUAUAGCCCAGAGGAGAAGAAAGUGAGGAUUGAGAGAUAUAGGAGCAAGAGAAAUCAGAGGAACUUCGGCAAGAAAAUUAAGUAUGCAUGCAGGAAGACAUUGGCAGAUAGCAGGCCACGAAUCAGAGGACGAUUUGCAAAGAAUGACGAAAUUGCAAUGAACCCUCCACUUCAGUGGAGUCACAUGGGUAAUGGAGAGGAAGAGGAUGAAGAGGAAGAGAAUUGGGUCAAUUUCUUUGAUUCCAUAGUUCCUGCAAAUCUUGCUCAAGAGCCUCAUGGAAAUAAUUCCUCCUUUGGCACAUUCUAUUAAAAUAAUUACAUGCUUAAAUGACUAAUUUGUAUGCUUUGAUUGUUUUGGAUUUUGUAGUGGGUAAUGUAAAUAUAUGGUACUUAUUUGAAUCAUGGAUGUGACCAUGUGUAGUAUUAGACUUCAAUCUGGGGUGAAGUUUUAGUGCCCUUUAUGUUUUUAUAGACUAGGCCUCAGUAGCAGCAACAUUGUGUUGUUGGGUUAAAAACUUCUACAAAUUGUACUUGGGGUUUCUAUGUGAUGUAUUCUAUAAAUUAUAUAUGUUUACACUAAA